GACGACCCUGCAACUUGAGCUCUAUCAAGUGUCCCCCAAAGCAAAAAAACUUCCUCCCACAAAGAGAACGAGAUGGCGGGAGAUACGGUAGGCGGCACUUUGAUGGGGUUGAUUGACCCCCUUCUUGGGAAGCUCGCCAGCCUGCUGGCGGAGGAGUAUGGUAAGCUCACAUAUCUGCAGCCUGGGAUCACCUCUUUGAGAUGUGAGCUGAGCAGCAUUAAGGCUGCACUUGAGGAUCUAUCGCAUUUGGACGAGUCCAGCUCACAGGUGAAGGAGUGGAAGGGUCAGCUGCGGGAGCUGUCGCAUGACAUCGAAGAUUGCAUCGAUGACUUCGUGCAACGGCUUGUCCAGGACGACGUCCACGAUGGGCUUAUUGGCAAGAUUACUGGCUGGCUCAAGACGAUUAAACUUUACCGCCAGACAGCUGAGCAGAUUGGUAAGCUCAAAGAGCAUGCUGUAGAGGUUAAUGACCGGCAUAAACGGCUUAAGUUGGACAUCGCUCCUUCUUGUUCUAGCACUGUGGAAAUUGAUCCCAGGCUGUCAGCGCUCUUCGAGGAGGCCGACAGGCUCGUGGGCACGGAGAAACCCAUUGAUGAGCUUGUGAAGUGGCUCACUGAAGGUAUUGAUUCUGGGAAGCAGCGGAGGGUCAUCUCCAUUGUUGGUUUUGGUGGCUUGGGCAAGACCACACUUGCAAAUCUUGUAUACAAGAAGAUCAAAGGCGACUUCCAUUGUACGGCUUUCGUAUCUGUUUCUCGAAAUCCUGAUAUCAACAAGAUUCUGAAAGAUAUACUCUUGGGAGUUCUUGAGACGAGCAACCUAACGUAUGAUGAUCAAAGGCAGCACAUGGAGAAUAUCAAUGAACAACCAUUAAAAACCUGUCGACUCAUAGACAUGAUUAAGGAGUAUCUCGAAAAACGCAGGUAUUUUAUCGUGAUUGAUGAUAUAUGGUGCAAAAAGGUAUGGGAAACCAUCCAAUUUGCUCUUCCCCUUAAUGGUGCUGCAAGUCGAAUAUUGACAACUACACGUAUUAAUGAUGUAGCUCCACAUUCUUGCUUUCCACAUAGAGAGUAUGCUUACUCUAUUAAACCCCUUAGCAGUCAUGACUCCAGGAGAUUAUUUUUUAAGAGAAUAUUUCGUCUCGAGGAGGAAUGCUCUCAGGAGUUGAUGGAAAUUGCACAUGAAAUCCUGAAAAAAUGUGAUGGCUUGCCAUUGGCCAUAAUCAAUAUAGCUAGCAUAUUAGCAACCAAAGCUGCUACUCGGCAGGAAUGGAAGAGGGUUUUGGACUCCAUUGGCUCUGCAACUGAUGAAUACCACGAGCUACAACUGAUUAAAAGGGUGCUCCUUGUUAGCUACUAUGAUUUACCUCAUCAUCUGAAGAUUUGUUUACUGUAUCUAAGUGUAUUCCCAGAAGAUCAUAUUAUCUACAGGGAUCAAUUGAUAUGGAGAUGGAUUGCUGAGGGAUUUAUUGUUGGACAGUCUGGAAAAAAACUGGAGGAAGUAGGAGAGAGUUACUUUAAUGAACUCAUCAACAGGAAUAUGAUCCAGUUAGUUAGAAUGGACUACAGUGGUAGAGCUGUCCACUGCUGCGUCCAUGAUAUCAUAUUGGAUCUUCUUGUAUCCCUUUCGACUGAAGAAAACUUUGUUACCAUACUAAAUGGAGAAAACUUGAUAUCUUCGAGUAACACGAUAUCUAGGAGAUACUCGAUUCGUCGCCUCUCCCUCCGAGGCAACUGUGAAUACCAUAAAAACUGGCUAGGUAGGAAAUUUUUUUAUCAACUCAGGUCACUCACUGUGUUUGGUGAUUGCAAGAUUCUACCCCUGUUCAGAGGUCUUAGACUUUUGCGGGUACUAGAUAUAAAUGACCUUUCUCAGAAGUGUGAUAAUGUGGAGCUUACUGAGGCCAUCGGGAGGCUACGCUGCCUAAGAUUUUUACGUUUCACGAAGGUCCCAAGAGAAAUCGGGAAUCUAAAACUUCUGCAGACACUUGACCUGAAUUCAUCAGAUGUGGAGGAACUGCCUGCAACCAUUGUACAGCUGCAUCAAUUAGUGCGCUUGUUCGUGCCUCAUUUUGUAAAAUUCCCUAAUGGGAUUAGCAACUUGACAUCACUUCAGGAGUUGGGAUGCUUUUCUUGCCUCGGUAAUUCCCUAGGCAUUGUGCUGGAGCUGGGAAAUCUGAUUAAAUUGGAAAAUCUCCACAUAAAUUGGGACGAUGAUGGCACAAAUGGUCGCUUGGAAGAGUACAAGGAAGCUUUGGUGUCGUCACUACACAAGCUAGGGAACCAGAAUAUCCGAACUCUAGAAAUCUGGAGUCCAGAAGCCUGUAAUGUAGAUUUCUUGAUUGAUUUAUGGGUUCCUUCUCCACCUCAUCUCCAACAUUUUGAGAGCAAUUGUUACUUGUGUUUCCAUAAGAUUCCCAGACGGAUAUCCUCAUUCUCCGCCCUUAUGUUCCUGUGCAUCAAUGUGCAACAUGUGGAACAGGAUGAUCUCCAGCUGCUCAAAGACUUACCAGUCCUGGAAUGCCUUGAACUGCGGCGCAGGAGAUCAAAUCAAGAACUAGAAGCACUCACCAUCAGCUGCGGUGGAUUCCGAUGUCUAAAGAAGUUCUGUUUUUCUUUCUUGCUCUUUGAGAAAAAAAGGGGUGGACCGUGUAUGUUGUUUGAAGAAGGAGCAAUGCCAAAGCUACAGCAGCUCGAGAUUGAUUUACCUGCUAUCGCUCCUGAUAUUGGCAUCAGGCACCUUGCCUUCCUCAAGCAUCUCCAGAUCCGUAUUAACUGUUGUGCUGCAAGUGCUAGGGAGGUUGAGGCCACGGAGGCUACCGUGAGAAGUGCCGCCAGUCUCAAUCCCAAACUCCGCACACUUGAAAUCAGCAGACAUGGGGAAGCAGCGAUGACAGUGGACGAGGAGCAGGUGGAGGAAACUGAUGUUGCUGAAGAGGAGCAUGCUGCAGACCAACAAGCCAGUACCAGUACCAGAUAGGAGGUGAUUAUUUGGUGCAGAUGAAAGUCGAAUUCGCCAUCUAAGCUGAUCUGCUCCCAGUCAUCCAAUUCAGUAGUCAUAAUAUUUGGGCCAUCAGAGAAUGAAACAGGAGAAUGAUGAGGGAAAGAGGUAGCUUUUGACUGUCUAAGCUGGAGUUUUUUUGGCUCGAAGAUUUGCUCAAGUUGGGCUCUGGUCAACCUUGGAUCUCUUGUCUUCGCCUCCUUCUUUCCACGGCUUCCAUAAGUACUCUCUUGUAUUGUAGUCUAGGCCAGCACUCCUCGCCUUGCAAAGUGCCUAGGGUUGUCCCUGUUGCGGAUCUUCUGUUCAAGGUUCGAGUUGGUUGGUGGAAUCUCGGUCUUGCAAUGCCCUUUGAUGGCAUGUAGAAACUCCUCGCAGUUAUGACACUCGAUCUGGCGCGCGAGCUUCUUGUCCCCCUUCGACACUGCCAUCAACACUCUGCUGGGCAAGCAAGCGAUGGUGGUGCUUUUUGCAAAGUCUCGGUAUUGUGAUAUGCCAUGCUUCAAUGGCUCCAGGGACACUCCUCGAUGCACUGCUUGUGUGUUGCCUCCCUAGCGAUGGUCGUCACAUUUGCUGGUCUGAUGCACUUGUUCUGUGAGCAUUAUCGUCUUCCUUUUAUUUAUGGUCUUUUCGCUAAUUGUUCUGUUGUUGUAAUCUCAUGUAUCUUGACCAAUGACAACGUGUGAAGCUCAGGAUAUAUUUGUAAGCUGAUGAUACAAUCCUAUAGUUGUAAGCUGAUGAUGCCAUCCUCUUUG